GUCGAUACCGUCGUACUCGGCUAUCGGUUGCAUCGGUCGAUCGUUGCGACCUUGUGCUGCGUGGAUCCGUCGAUCCAUGUUGCUCGAUGAUACCUUGCUCCAGAGAGUCCAGAGCCAGACAUGACGAUUUGCACUUUAAGUUCAUCGACAGUAUGUACGGCCGAAAUUUGCUACAGUAGGCCGGCUUGCAAGGACGGUCCUUUAGCGGUUCCUUUAGCAGCUUCACAUGGCCUGACGCCGGGACCCAAAUUGGCGGGGUCACCCCAUCGUGAGAACGAACGCAGCAUGAUCGUCAGCGUUCAGGCGAAGCCCACUCCACAUGUCGUUGUCAAAAAUUUGCAUUGAAAUGAUAUGCGCCCUGCCAAGACGAAGAUGGGCUCUGCUGACUGGCCGAACGACUGUCGUGUG